AUGAAACUGAAAGUGGACAUGUAUGCGUUUUCAUCUAUGUUGCUCUUGCUGUUGCGGAUAUCAAGCGCUGGUAGAGUGCAAGCUGCUGUCAGUUUUCUAUCAAAUGCAUCAUAUCAAGAAAUGGAGUUUAAAGGGGAAACCAGUCUCUCUCUAAGUGACAUAUUACCCGUUGAAGCCAAGUAUUACGACAAGAACAGGGCUCCAAAGUCCCUCGGCGAGCCUACAAUUGUCUAUUUCCAUGUCACUGUAUUGUCUUUGGAUUCUAUCAAUGAAGAGAGUAUGACAUACGUAGCAGACAUAUUUCUGGCGCAGUCCUGGCGGGAUCCAAGGCUACGACUCCCGGAGAACAUGCACGAGGAGUAUAGAAUCCUCGACGUUGAGUGGCUAAACAAUAUCUGGCGACCAGACUGCUUCUUCAAGAAUGCGAAAAAAGUCACUUUCCACGAAAUGAGCAUCCCGAAUCAUUAUCUGUGGCUGUAUCAUGACAAGACUCUCCUGUAUAUGGCUAAAUUGACUCUGGUCCUGUCGUGUGCAAUGAAGUUUGAAUCGUAUCCCCAUGACACUCAAAGCUGUUCUAUGAUGAUAGAGAGCUUAUCGCACACGGUACAUGAUCUGGUGUUUAUAUGGAACCUGACAGAUCCGCUUGUCGUCAAUCCAGAAAUAGAGCUGCCACAGCUGGAUAUAUCAAAUAAUUAUACUUCUGAUUGCACUAUUGAAUAUUCUACAGGCAAUUUCACCUGUUUAGCAAUUGUAUUCAACCUUCGUCGACGCCUGGGCUAUCAUCUCUUCCACACUUACAUACCGUCGGCGCUGAUCGUUGUCAUGUCCUGGAUAUCAUUCUGGAUUAAGCCGGAAGCCAUCCCCGCACGGGUCACUUUGGGAGUCACUUCACUUUUGACAUUAGCGACACAAAACACGCAAUCUCAACAAAAUCUACCUCCGGUCUCAUAUGUCAAGGCCAUAGAUGUGUGGAUGUCUUCCUGUUCGGUUUUCGUCUUUUUGUCUCUUUUCGAGUUUGCUGUGGUCAACAAUUAUAUGGGUCCAGUAGCGACGAAGGUCAUGAAGGGGUAUUCUGAUGAAGAUCUUUCGAGAGAUUUGGAUGCGUUCAAGCACAUUUUCCCAACUUCAGUGGAUCCUCGCGCCAGUACGUCGGCCUCGCUCCCGCAAUACGACACAUUCUGUAACGGGAGAGAGACGGCUGUGUACAUCGAUCGCUUCUCCCGAUUCUUCUUUCCGUUCUCCUUCUUUAUUCUCAACGUUGUUUAUUGGUCUACGUUCUUGUAG